AUGAAAGUCAACAAACUUCGUUCGAUCCUUAAAGCCUUGAAUGAAACAACGGGUGACACUACCAGCGGUACUGGUACCACAGACGCGAAUCCUGACGAAGAAUUUGUAAAACGUCUGAAUAGCGUAAAAGAACAACUUUUCAUCCUGCUUUCGAGGGCCGAAGACACUUCAGUCAAUGACAAAGAACUCAUGAGAAGACUAGACGCCGUAAAUCGAACCUUGUCUACCAUUGAAGCAAAAUUAAAGAACGCCGAAGCGAAAACGGCCGAUGCCGAACAAAACUCGAGAAAUGCUUCGGGGGAAAUUGACUUGGCCGAGAGCUCCAUUGGAACGUCCUGGGGUCUAGUAAAGCAAAUUCGUGGUCCGGCCAAUGAGACUGAAAGAAUCAUCAAUUUGGUCUAUAAAGUUUUAGCUAACUGGACUAAAACUACUAUUCGUACUAGCGAAACUGUUAGAGAGGUAAGGAGGUCUCUGGUUAUAUAUCCACCUAGCGUAAUUCAGAGACUGAAAUAACGCUCAAAAUUUUUCCCGAAAAAUAUCCGACCAAAAUGAAAUUUGAUCGGAAACUUUGAAACUUGGUCGGACAUUGAUUUCGUGCCUUCGUUGGGUAAAUUAAACCAAUAUAUAAAUAAUACUUCAUGCCAAACAGUGGCCAGUAUAGUUAAAUUUUUUACAUGUAAUGUUCUUAGCGGGGAUGAUUGCAUGCAGCUUAUGGUUAGCCCAGUCUUUCAAGAAGGUUGAUUGCUAAUUUUUGUCUGGACAAAAUGUCCCUGGCUCUUCCACAUCCCUCAUCCGUGCGCGGUACGUCCCGCGCGCCAUUGUUCUCCCACUGAUCUCUAUUCGAUUGGACCUAUUUCCUAAUGAAAAAAGUUUGAUCUAGACAAGUCUAGACAAAAAUUCCAUCACAGCUUGAAAUAGCAUCACAAAAUUGGUAAUAUUCCGAAGUUUCGUUGCGAAAUGUUGUAAAAUGCGGAUAAUAUAGCCUUGCGAAGUUAGCCGUUUUUCGGUCAUUUUGUAUUACGCACGGGAAAUUGAUAUAUACCGCUUUCUGAAAAAAGGUAUCAAUUUCCCGCGCAUAAUACAAAAUGACUGAAAAACGGCAAACUUCGCAGUGCUGUAUUAUCCGCAUUUUACGGCGUUUCGCAACGAAAUUUCGGAAUAUUUACUAUUUUUGUGAUGCUCUUUCAAGCUGUGGUGAAAUGUUUGCCUAGACUUGUCUAGAUCAAAAUUUUGUUAUUGGAGAAUAGGUCCAUUUAGCAUUUGGUCGGAAAAACUGUGAUUGGUCGGAAAAUGUCCAAUGUUUUACACUGUCAAAGUUUACACUGGUAAAUUUUAAGUUUUGAAGGAAUUGUAAGAAAUUGUUGAAGGAACUGAAUCAUUGUUUAACGCUGACUCAGUUCCCUCAAAAUGUUUCAGACUAAAUUCUUACAAAAACAUUAUUUGAUUUCUGUGAUCUCAGAAACUUUGAUAGUCUAACGCCCGUAUUCUAAAAGCUCACUCGCACACAUUAUUAAUGAUGGAUUAUUAAGUAAUAUUUCAAAUCCGACUAGCUAUGAGGACUGGAUUAGAUUUCAAGUCCAAGGACUUAAUUAAUUUUGAUCCAGUCCUAGGAUCUAUACACUUCGCCAGGUAGCCAGCAUUAUCGUGUGAGCAAAAUACAGCAAUACCGUUGUCUAAUUUACUCAUGAAUUGUUAAUGAGUUUGUGAUUUACUCCUGUAUUCUAAAAGCUCACUUACACCCAAAGAGUGGGGGUUCAAUCUGAGCUUUUCUUGAGUGUCAAUGCUGUUUUUGAAUAGCUGUAGGGUGAGUAAGGUACCAGACACUCAAGAGAAGUUCAGAUUGAACCUCCACUCAUUGAGUGUGAGUGAGCUUUUCACUGGGAAAAAAAUGUGAAAUCCAUACAAUGAAAUUUGCAAUUAGCCAUUCCGAAGUUGAUGAGAGGACUGGGGACGAAUGUUAAAAAGUGCCCAAAUUAAGAAAUGAACCAAAUCACUAAAAAGACCACCUCAAAAUUAGUAAGUAUACAAAGUUUGAAGACAUUUACAUGAAUACUCUUCGAAUAAUAAGCUUUCGAAAAUCGCGAUAUUUACUAUGAAAUGUACUGUAAUUUUUGUUUUGGGGGACGCGCGUCCCAAAACAAUCUUUUAAUCAGUAAUUUCACAAUUUUCGAAAGCUUAUUAUUCGAAGAGUAUUCAUGUAAACGUCUUCAAACUUUGUAUACUUACUAAUUUUGAGGUGGUCUUUUUAGUGAUUUGGUUCAUUUCGUAAUUUGGGCACUUUUUAACACUCGUCGCCAGUCCACUCAUCAUCUUCGGAAUGGCUAAUUACACCAUUAAAUCCAUAGUAUAUCCAUACUAUUACCAUACUACAUCCGUAGGAUGGAAAUUACAAUUAUUAUGGAUAAUCAAAAUCCAUUCUAUUUCCAAUAAAGAUCCGUAUAAUUUCCAUUCUAUGACCUUCUAUGGAUUUUCAAAAAUAUUUCCAGUGUUUAGAAUAUGGGCGUAAGGCUCUAAGCUAGCCUUUAGAGCGUAAUCAAUCUCAUAAUAAGCAAUAUCAAUGUCUUCUUUUCAAUCAAGAUUCAAAAUCUUUCCAACGCUCAAUGGAAUGAGGUCCAUGAAUUGAAGAGGAAGGCAAACGAAGCUUUGAAUAACUCCAAAUCAGCCAACAGCAGAAUGGACGAGGUCUUGACGCAACAAGCGGCUACUGAACAGGAAAUAACAGUCGUUGAUAACACAAUCAAUGAUAUGAAAACACUCGCUGAUGUCGCAGCAGCGAAUGCCACGUUAGCUUACAAUGUUGCUCGUGAUACCUUCAAUACCGCCGAGCGGCUACUCGACGAGGCAGCAAUCCCCCUAGAUGAAGUUAAAGCUAAUGAAACAAAAGGUAAAAUGUCGGAUAUGUGCCAAUAGACCCUUUAUUUAAGGUUACAGAACACCUUUGAGUGUUAAUUUUGUCUAAAAUUUUUUUAUUGGUUUCCAUGAAAGCAUUAGACUGGUUCUACUAUCUGACCAAGUUUGAACGAAAAAUGUUGAAAACUCGCAGAGUUAUUUAAUAAAAUACAUUUCGCUGUAAUAAGAAAAACAUUGAAAAUGCAAUAUUCAAAUUCAAUUUUCUCCCGAAGAAUUUUACGGCAAUUACUGAUUUUCAAACGAGUUGUUCUCCUGCGGGUUUUAACGAAUUUUUCUCCAAUUUUCACAGGACAUAGCUACAGACGUCAGUUUCAAAAGUGUGUUCGGCUUUUUUCUAAUUGUGGGUAUUUUAAUAAUAACGAGCAAUUCACUCAAACGAUUCAGAAAUACACUGCAGUCGUCAAAGAAUUUGCCAUAUCAGCGGAAUGACGAAAUAAAAAACAAACAAUAAAAAUUAUAUUUUCAUAAAUAUAUCUUAAAACCAGCAGGAACAUAACUCGAAAGCGUAAAGGUACCGCGAUUUAAGUUUUUCCUGAAUAAUUCUUAUAUUAUUUCAUUGUUUGUCAAUUUUAGAACUUUACCAUAUUUUGCAUGCACUGGAGAACAUUUGGUGAAAAUUUGAUGAAAAUCGGACUGAUAUUGAGCGCGCAGUAGCGAUUUUCCACAAAACGCCCAAAAGGGUAUCCUGUAACCUUAAUCUCUCAUGCAUAAAUACGAGGCUUUUCCGGGUGUAUUCACGGACUAUUUCAGAAUUAUUGAAACGUAUGAACUUCAUUUGUUUGAAAGCAGACAUAAUUUUUUAGUUAAUACUAUUAUAAAGGGCGUCCACGGGCCUUGAAAAUCCUGGAAAAUCCUUGAAUUGGAAAAAAAAUUCAGGGCUGGAAAGUCCUUGAAAAUCAGUAGAAGUCCUUGAAAAUCCUGGAAUUAAUUGUGCUGUGCCAACAUUAGUGAUUUUGAUCAAAAUUACUGAAUAAAGUGUAUUAUUUGCUGGUUAAAGUCUAAAAUCCGUGCCAUUUUCAAAGAUUUUUCCCAGUUCUACUGGUCCUUGAAUUUACUGAAAAAGGGCCUUGAAUUUCACCUUCACCAAAGGGUGGACACCCAGAAACGGAUCCGGACCCUAAAACAAUAGCAUCUGAGAUAGAAUUUUUUAAAGUAUAGUGAUUGUCAUUAUACAAGGCCCGAACGUAACAGGCAGAACAAAAUUAUCCCCAGCUUGAGAUAGUAGAUCUUGAGGAGAUGCUGCUGAAUUUUGUGGCCCUUCCUAAGUGCGGGGCCCCAUUCAUGUUGGCACAGAAUAUAGACAGAGGUCUGACCAGGACGCUUAUACAGGGUGUAUAAAAAAACACUGAACAGAUUUGAAAUUGCUCUCAAUUUCGCAAAACAGCCAUUAGUAUCUAUUUUUUUAUGUAUAUAGCUUCUUUGGGUACUUAUAAGGUAGUAGAAUAAAAAAAUUAUCGAACUCAAAUUUUGUGAACCAGGGGGGAGUGUCUUUUCCGACAAACUAAAAAUGGCUUGCGCACGAAAUGUAAAAGCUUUAAUCGUAUUUUUAGUUAAUGGAUGGAAAAUUUGUUCGGUUUUUAAUUACUGUACAAAAUUUCAGACAAUUUGCUUUAGUUUAAGCCUUUUAACUACAGUAUCCAUUUUUCCCUAAAAAAUCAGCCUUUCGCAUGCUUAAUUAAUGCCUUUACCUAAUUUGCAUAUUGCUGACAUAUGCAAAUUGGGCAAAUGCAUUAAUUAGGCAUGCAAAUUUCUGAUUUUUUAGGAAAAAAUGUUUGUUUGUGUGAACAGUUGAAGGGCUUAAACUGAAGUAAAUUGUCUGAAAUUUCGUACAGCAAUUAAACACCCAACACAUUUUUCAUCUAUUAACUCAAAAUACGAUUAUAGCUUUUAAAUCUCGUGCGCAAGCCAUUUUUAGUUUAUCGGAAAAGACAACCCCCCUGGUUUACAAAAUUUGUGUUCGAGAAGUUUUUUUCAUCAUUCUACAUUAUAAGUACCCAAAGAAGCCAUAUAUAUAUAUCAAAAACUGGAUACUAAUAGCUGUUUUGAGAAAUUGAGAGCAAUUUCAAAUCUGUUCAGUUUUUUUUAUACACCCUGUAUAAUAUAUAAGCGCGCUAGCUGGGUCUGACUCGGCGAAAAACCCGUCAAUACCUGGCAUGCAGCCACCAUGUCCCUAGGCAGUGUGCUAACAAGAGUACAACAAGUCGGCCACUACGGCGUACUAGAAUGCUUAAGGGAUGCAAAUUACAGUCGCCUUUGUCUUAGAGUAAAGAUGCUAUUGUUGAUGAUCACGUUUUCGUUGCCGUUGUAUUUGCCAAACACUCUAUUACACACUUAAAAACGCACAAGUUGUUACAGGUCUGCAAACAAGUUGUUACAGGUCUGUUCACAAGCUGUCGACAAAUUGUGUUCGCACUGCUUGUUCCAAGUUGUUGUAACAAGUUUGGAACAAGAUGUUAACAACUUGUGACAAACUUGAUGGCAUCAUCAGACUUGUUACAAGGUUGUUCUAACAAGUCAGAUACAGUCAUGAUAUAACAAGAAUGUCGCAUGGUUGACGACACAAGGUUGUAACAAUAUUGUUAUAUCAUCACUGUGUCGGACUUGUUGGAACAACCUUGCAACAAGUCUGAUAAUAUCAACAAGGUUGUUACAAGUUGUUCUAAACUUGUUGACAACUUGGGACAAGCAGUCCGAGCACAACUUGUUGACGGGCUUGUUGGUAGACUUGCUACAAGAUGCGAGAUUUUUGGGGGUGUACCUGGUUGGGGAGAACCUUAUACAGGCGACUUAUACUUCAUGUACAUUCUUUCAGCCCGGGCAGAUGACACAACAAAAGAAGCUAAGAAAGUGCAGGCCGAAGCCAGGCGUCUGGCCCAGGAAGCAAAGCGUGGUCGAGAAGAUAUUGACAAAGGAAAGGUGGAGAGAAGAAUAGAGAAACAGUACCGUGCAGAAAACACUACAAACGAUUUGUUGAAAGAAGUCAAAGAAGCGAACGAAACUGCACAUUAUGCCAUCGUUAAUGCUACCAAGACCUUAGCUGUAGCCCAAGAAAAUUUGGUGUUGUUGGAGGUGUGUGGAAACCUGGCGUUAUUUAUCAGGGGGAAACUACAGCAACGACGACGACGACAACAGCAACAACAGCAGCAGCAACAACAACAAGAGUAGCAACAGCAACAACAACUACAGCAGUAGCAACAGCAACAACAACAACAACAACAACAACAACAACAACAACAACAACAACAACAACAACAACAACAACGACGGCAACGACGGCAACAACAACAACAGCAAAACAACAACAACAACGACGACGACGACGGCAACGACCACAAUAACGACCACAACAACGACAACAACAACAACAACAACAACAACAACAACAACAACAACAACAACAACAACGACAACGACAACAACAACGACGACGGCAACAACAACGACCACAACAACGACCACAACAACGACCACAACAACAACAACAACAACAACAACAACAACAACAACCAUUAUAUAUACAUGAAUUUGUGGUUAAUACUCCGCAACUAGACUCUCCACAAAAAUAAUAUCUACCGGUGCGUGGGGCACCCUUAGAGUUACAAUAGGUCAAUAGAUUUUGCAAACUACAUUUAUUUGAAAUGUUUAUGUAGAACUUUACCAAGAUUGUCAACGACAGCAGGAGGAAAGCCGAGAACGCGAAAAACGACAUCCCGGAAAUUCGACGCCUUAUCGACUCGGCCAACAACAACACUGAUCAAGCCAACAACGAGAUUGGUGAUGCAAAGAAUGACGUCAAGGACGCUAAUGAUAUCGCUGAUCGUGGGACACAAACAUCGUUAGCCACGGAAGGGGUGAGUAUACGCUGGUUUUCUAGCUUUGUGGUUGAUAUACAUACGCAAAAACGCACAACCUACAUCAGUCUUGUAGCUAUGCUGUUAAGACAACUUGUCAACAGGAUGUGUUGACACUGCUUGUUCCUAACGUGUUGACAAGUUUGUUGACAACUUGCUACAAGGUUGUUAAGCUCGACAUUACAAGUUGUUUAAACAACUUGUUAUCGUCCUGCAAUUCAACAAUUUGUCAACAAGUUGUGAGUGAAAACCUUGUAGCAACUUGAUAAAAUAACAGCAUUGUUACAAUAUGUUGACAAGCUUGCUACAAUCCUGCUGCGAACAUAUCUUCUUGACAAGUUGUAACUGACAACCUUGUAGCAACUUGAUAAAAUAACAACAUUGUUUAGUUGUGACAAUGCUGUUCCAACCACUUUUCAACAAGAUGUCUCCUGAAAAGGUUUGUAGCAAGCUUGUUAACAAGUUGUGACAGUGCUGUUCCUACAACUUGUCAACAAGAUGUCUCCUCAACAGGCUUCUAGCAAGCUUGUUAACAAGUUGUGACAAUGCAGUUCCAACAACUUGUCAACAAGAUGUCUCCUCAACAGGUUGGUAGCAAGCUUGUUAACAAAAUUUAUAUCCGACAAUGAAAACAUAAACUUAAAGAUGCCCAGGUUUAUGUGGCAAGGCAACUUGCCCAAUCGGGCAAGCAAGACAAAACGUUUACUAGCCCGUCAUGAUAUUCACUUUCGCCGGGCAAGCGGGCAAGUGUUAGGUUACACCUCUGUGUUACAAGCCUGAUGCGAACACAUCUUGUUGACAAGUUGUGAGUGACAACCUUGUAGCAACUUGAUAAAAUGACAACAUUGUUACAAGUUGUUGACAAGCUUGCUACAAGCCUGAUGCGAACACAUCUUGUUGACAUGCUGUGAGUGACAACCUUGUAGCAACUUGAUAAGGGGCGGACCAUUAGAAAUCCCGGGAGGGGGGUAUAAAAUUUUUGCGGCACGAAUUUUUUUUUCAGUCUCAUGUCUCUGUAGGAAUUUUUUUUAAUGCAUUUAACCUCUGCACGAAUUUUUUUUCACCACUAUUUGUACUUUGCUGUUUGCUUGCACGAAUUUUUUUCUCUGACGUAAUGGCUGCACGAAUUUUUUUUCCAGGCAUUUUUCUUUGCACGAAUUUUUUUGGGGAAUUUUCACCCCACCUCCCGGGAUUUCUAAUGGUCCGCCCCUAAAAUAACAGCGUUGUUACAACUUGUUGACAAGCUUGCUACAAGCCUGAUGCGAACACAUCUUGUUGACAAGCUGUGAGUGACAACCUUGUAUCAACUUGAUGAAAUGACAGCAUUGUUACAACUUGUUGACAAGUUUGUUACAAUCCUCUUGUGAACACAUGUGUACUUGCGUGCAGUGUGUACUUGGGCAUUCCAUGACACAUUUUCGUCAACCAUUAUGCUGAAUGACUAGUCAUUUUAACGUUAUCAAUCUAGUAUCAAGUUCUAUAAAUUUUUAUUUCUCAUCUCUUCCAUUCAGGAUGCAGAAGACUUGAAAAACAGAACUGACAAUCUCAAGGUGCCGGACGCGAAAGUUUACGAUGACGUGAAGGACGCGGAGAAGAAGUUCAAAAACUACGAAGACCAGGCCGACAGAAAUGCACGCGUGGUGAAAAACGCGACAAAAAUGGCGAACGAAUCGAAAACGACCGCGAAAUCAGUCAUGGAGAUUAUAAAACAGGUCGGAUAUCAAAUUAGGGAACUCGAGUCGAACAUCGGCGAUAUUUCGGACCUGGACUACGAUAAAUUAGAAGAGCUUGAGAGGAAAAUUGCGGAGCAUGAAGCGAAGGACAUUGAACUGGAAGCCAGCGUUAAAGUCAUUCAAGAUAAGAAAGUGAAGAUCGGCCAGCAAAUUCAAAGUUAUUAUAUUGAUUUGAGAAAGUUGCAAGAAGCCUUGGUUGAACUAACAAAGAAUCAUGCAAAAUUACACCGGGUAUGCUUAAAGAAAAAGCCCGAGCCGAAUUAAGUUGUGCUGCAGAGCACGGGACCGCUCAUUAGUUAUACCGGCUUGUAGGACAACAAGAACUUUGAAGAUUUUUCUGCGCUGGAUUUUAAACACAGGCAGCAUCGACAUACAGACUGUCCCAAUAGAAAAGUAUACAUUUUGAAACUUUCCUAUUGUAAUAAUUUGAAUGCCUGAGCAUUACACGCGUAAAAACGCACAGCUUGUAACAAGUCUGCAAACAAGUUGUUACAAGUCUGUUCACAAGCUGACAACAAGUUGUCUUUGCACUGCUUGUUCCCAGUUGUUGCAACAAGUUUGUAACAAGCUGUUGACAAGCUUGAUGGCAUUAUCAGACUUGUUACAAGUUGUUUUGUUCAUACAAGUUUGAUGCAGUUAUGAUAUAAUAAAAUGGUAACAAUUGGGCACAAAAGUAUACAAAAUUUGCGAACUUUGCAAUGCUAUAUUUUCCGCAUUUUACAACAUUUCGCGACCAAACUUUUCAAUUUUACUCAUUUUUGUAUGCUCUUUCUAGCUGUGGUGAUCUACUUGCGUCUCUUUGCCUAGUUUUCAAUUUAGUCUAUAUGGGAAUUAUCUAUUUACCGAAACCUUUUCUUAGAAUUUUUAAAUUCUAAGAAAAGGUUUCGGUAAAUGACAAUAGACAAUUCCCAAUUAUAGACUAAAUUUAAAACUAGGCAAAGAGACGCAAGUAAAUCACCACAACUAGAAAGAGGUUUAAAAACCUCUUUAACCGUUUUAUUCUUCUGUCCCGAGAACUAGCAUUUCUAAUGAGCGGUCCCGGAAAACUGUCGUGGAAACAGAUAGGAUUUCUCCCAUCAAACACUGUAUCUAUAUCGGGAGAAAAAGGCGGAAAUUCCGUUUUAGAGUAAUGUUAUAGGAAACAUAUAUUAUCCAACGAGAACAAUUUUUAAGUUUAUAUUAGUUGUUUUAAGAUAUAGUUAAUAUCGCAUUUAGGUUUUAUUUGUCCUUAUUUAACAGGGCUAGCUUUGCUUUGUAUUAAAGAACGUCCCUAACUAAAUGUUUGUUUCGCCGUUCUUUUGUUUUUAUCGAGGCUUUUAUCCCAUUUUCUGGGGAAAAUGAAAUAGAUGUUUUUUGAACGAUUCAGUCUAUGAGCGAUACCAUGCUAUCUUAGGUAUUUCUUAGAUAUUUCUGCAGAGGAUCCAUUCUUGCAAAGGGCCUAUUUGGAUAGCAACAUUGUUGUAAUAUUGUUCCACAACCUGUUUUGGUUGUUUGAAUUACUUGGUCGGGGCUACAAUUAUCGGCAAACGGUGCCAUGAAACUUCUCCUUGCAGACAAAAAAUACAUUUUAGGACCGCUUUAAUCGGUACUGUCCCAUUUUAAUAAACUUUUCGGAAAAAUAGAAAUAUCCAAAGAUCUAAUCUUUUUCAAAGUUGCAACAUGUGACAUUUCGAUAUCAUUACCUGAGUUUUUAAAGGCCACGCCCAACGAACUGAAUUCGAUUAAUCGAUUUACUUACUAAUUGGAUGAAGUCUUACACCAAGUAUUGUAAUAAAUUUCAAUAUGGCGGGUGGAAUUGAAAUGUUUUGUUCGAGGUUUUACUGAGAAAUAUGGAAGAAAAUGAACUCCAAGAAGCUAUAACUCAGUAUAAACAAGAAGUAAGUACAAGUGUUACUGUAAAAGACCAUUUUUUAACACAAAACAGUUGCCGUAUAUAAAAAUAAAUGAGUGUUAGUGUAUAUUAAAUGCAACAAUAUAUGACGCUAUUUAACACAAAAUUUAUACACAGUCUAGAAACAUAACUAACAAACUGAUUCUAGGAUAUUAGACUAGUGAAUAUAGAUUUAAACAUAAUUUGUGUUUUGAACUGAUUGUAUAUAUAGUUGAACCAGAUUGAGGCUGUUCUACAAACUGACAACAAUGAUGAAUUGAGUCAACUGAAAAAUGACCUUGUUGAACUCAUCAAAACAACGGAAGGUAACCACUAAUCAAGGCUGGUUUUCAAUUAGUCGGCAACACUCACUGAUGUCGAUUCAGUUUAACCGUGUGUCGUAAUUCAUUGCUGACUGUUGCAAGAAAUAAAAAAAUUGUUUGGUUGCGACAGUCGGCAGUAGUCGCAGACACUCUACGAUAAUAAAACAAAUGAAAACACUAGAGCUUUGCGGUUAACCCGAAAAAUUCGGUUCUUCCGGUACUUUUUUAGCACCGAAAAAUUAUACAUAAAAGAACCGGUAGUUUCGGUUUUAAUUUCCCAUUUAACGCCCGCCAAACGCCCACCUGAUUGCAGCUCAAAAUGUUUGGAAAAUAACAAGAUUGUGCUCUUUGUGCACAAUAUGCACUGUACUAUAAGUGCUCAAAUAGUUGAUAUUUUAGUUGUGAUAGUUAGGGCUCUCGUUGAUAACAGACCAGUUGUGGUCUGAUGAGACCACCCUAUCAAAAUAAAAGUUUUAUCUAUCAUUGUUGUGCACUUGCUUUUUAAAAAGAUAUAUUUCAUGUUCAUAAAUAAAUUCCAAUUGUUCUUUUAAAAUAUUUAGAGAUUUAUACAAACUUACAAAGGCAUAAAUUCAUCUAUUUAGUAAAAAUGCUCGAAACAUACAUAAAUGAGUUCAUACAUUUGUACUGUUGUUCUUUUUUGAAAAUAACCAAAACCGAACAGAACCGAGGUUUUUCUGUUCCAAAAAACCCAGAACCGGGAUAAAGAAAUAGAAAAUACAAAUGCAAGUUGUUGGCAUUGACUUGGCAACACUAAUGACAACCAGCCUUCAAAUAUAGCUGAAAUAGUACUAGCCAGGGAAAUUAAUAUGUGUUGGUAAGAUGUAAACUUUCAAAUAAACUUGAUGCAGACAAUACAGGCAUUGUUUAUCACCAUCAUUGUUACACACUGAGGCCCCGUUUACACUAUACCGGAUUGCAUCGGAGCAUAGCGAUUUUCAUACCGGAUUCGGCUGCUGUUUACACUACGCCACAGUAAUCCGGUACGCGACGCGGAGCAAAAAUCACUCCGCUUUGGAGGUGAUAUGAAAAGUAAUCCGGUAUGUGCCAGAGCAGUGUAAACAGGCUAAUCCGGUACGCUUCGGUACAAAAUCAGUUUUGGCGUGUAUGUUUUAACAUUGUCGCCUUUAUUUGCUCGCUUUUACAAUACUUUAUAGCUGUUGUUUGUUUGGCCUUGCAACCAUUUACUAUUUCUGCCGAAUACAAGUAAAGAAAACGAUAAUAAUAUUGACUUUUUGCUUUCGAAAGAGCAAAAUUUAAAGAAAUACUCUGAAAUUUUGGAUUAGAGCGAAACGAAGCAACAUCUGGUGGUCAAGCUUUUUAAACAAAGUUAUACUUUACAAAGAAAAUGGGCUUUACUUCUUGUUUUUAAUAAAUUUUGGUAUAUUGGCUACUUGUUUCCAUAGCGACACUGAAAGACAUGAACUGGCAACAGAGCGAAGCGGCAUAGUGUAAACACCCUUGAUUUUUUACUUCGGAGUAAAAAUUAAUCCGGUAUGAAAAGUAAUCCGGUAUAGUGUAAACGGGGCCUGAGUCAGUUCCCUCAAACAUCUCCUACAAAUCCUUCAAAACUUAGAAUUCAUGUUGUAUGCAAAAUUGCCACUGUGUUCACAGAAGCUUAGACAGUCUAAGUUUUGUGCUCUUUUUUUAGAAAGUCUAUUAUGUGUGAAGAAAACAAAAUUACUGGAAUUGUUAAAUGAGGUUGAUGAGGACGAUAGUGACACAGAGGUACUUAAAAUGCAACUGUAUGUACGUUCGCUUUCUGCCAGAGUACCAGACUAUAUAGUUGCAUUUGUUGCAACUACUCCUGGUUAUGUUUAAAAUACAAAUCUAUGUUCAAGAAUUCCAUCUUGACAUUUAGGCACAAUGUGAAUCACUUUAUGAAGAUGACACAGGCCAACCAAGCUCAUCCUCGCCUUGUGUGUCAGAAAUUGAAAAAUCCAUUGCAGGAACGCGAUGUAGAGCUCCAUAUACUUUUGUAAGUUGAAACCAAACUAGAUAGGAUGUUUUCUAGCGAAUCAAACAGUCUAUCAAAUGAACCCAUUGAACACUUCUAGUGCUCUCCCCUUGACGAUCGAGUAAAAUUGUCUGACGUUAGACAGAGUAAAAUAAUAAAGUAGCUGCAUUGGAGUGCAAUGCAACUUAAUGGGUUAACUAGACACAUGAGCAGAUAAUCUGAUUAACCCAUUGAGCAGCAGCACUCCCCUUGACAAGUAAAUUAAAUAAUAGAGACAUUUAUUAGUCGCCCAAAAUCUAAAAUAAUAAAGUAGAGUAUGCAGUAAGGUUGGGUUAAUUAAUAUAAUGUUUGAAGGCGUUUCUAGACCUAACCAGGUGGGCCGUCUGGCAGGAAUGAAAUCUGUGGUUGUGCGAUUAACCAACGGAGCUACAGAGUCUGUGGUUAGGUCAGAAAAUUGUACGUAAUCUUCUGCUCAACAUUCCCAUCUACAAAACUCUUCAAACAUUAAUUCUAUUCGGCGAGAUGCCCAAAAUAUUGGAUAAUAGAAGUAAAUGAAUCAAGGGCUUGAAUUUUGUCGCGGCAAUUGCGGGAGAACAAAAUGCUGUGGAUCAUUGUGGCAACGACAGCAAUUUCUUGCCGUAUAGUAUAAUUUUUAUACUAUUCACUGUGCAUUACUAUUUUGAUACUUGAAUUCAAAUGUUGAUCAAAUCAUGCGUAAACUACUGUAUAAUUUACUCUCAGUUUUCUUCGAAAAAAAAACACUAAAGAAAUACGUAAACAUGUUUGCAGCUUGUCAGCAAUCCAAAGUAACAAUAAAAUGCAACUCGAAAAAAUGCCGGGGAAACUGCCAAAAUUGCCGUAGACAGCUGUUAGUACGUUCUACGGCAAUUUUUAACGCCAUUGCCGUCGAUUGAUUUCGGGAAAAUUCGAGGCCUGAAAUGAAUUUUGUUAUUUUUUUGUGUUUAAUGAUAAAGGACUGGGGUGUCGCAGGAUAUUAUAAUGCAAUGGUCUUAAGUGUUGAAGAAACGGAUAAUAGUGGUACUGAUGCUUUAAAGGUACAAAUCUUUAAACUUAGGGGUUCAACAUUUGCAAAAGCUAGCUAAUGAUGCUCGUUACAUGAAAUUUCUGUUAUUGGUGUAGAAAUUCCUAUAAAAAUAAAUUCCUAUACAAAGCAGUCCGAAACUCUUUAGGAAUAUCUGCAGGAAUUUUCUAAAGAAAUUCUUAUAGGACUCCUUAGGCCUAAACAAAAAUACCUGUGGUUCCGGUUUCAUAUCGUGAAAAAAUUAGGGUCGGUAGGUCGGAAAUAAAUUUUUUUUGGAAUAUUUUUUUCAUGGUUUUGGCAUUUUUUUUGCUGGGCGAUUUGCGGUUUGCAGUAGCGUCCUGAGAUCAAUAUUAACUAGAGAUGCAUAUUAUUUUCCUAUGGAUGAAUUUAGGCAAUUUGGUUCAAUAAUUAGUGUGACAACAGACGCCAUUUUGGCACGCUUUAUGAGCAACCCACAACCAUCCUGAGAAAAUAGGGUCGCACAGUCAAUCUCGUUGAAAAAAUAAUAGGGUCGGGUCGGCAGAAAAAAGUAGGGUCGGUCAGGAACCGGAACCACAGGUAUUUUUUUUAGAUUUAGGUAUAUACUAGAUUUAGGUAUAUACUAGAUGAAAGGUUUUGCCUGACCACAGGAAAUUUUGAGAUUUUUGGACUUAUUUAGUUCAAAAUCCUUUUUUUAAUCACACCACUAUCAUUGAAUCCAAUAAGCAUGUAAAUUUCUGGGGGGAUGUGCACAUUCCUCAAGGUUGGGUGGAAAACGUUCUACCAGGGUGCAAAAUAUUUUGGGGGGGGGGGCGUGCACCCUGGGUGGCACUCAAUGGACUCUCAAAGACAGAUGUUACCUGUCAUGAUUAUCAUAUGGUGUUUUAUAGCACUUUAAGCCAAUCUUACUGUACUUGUGACAGGCAAAAGUGUAUGGGAAAACUCAGGUGUGAGUGGUGUUUUCUUGCUAUAUUAUGAUUAUUGUUACUUACUGUACUGUACUUAUCUUGCUUCAGGUGCGUGUAUUAUUUACAAACCCCACACACAGAUCUAUGGUACCUUGUCCAUAUUUUCUUGAUGAAAAAUGUCGAUUUGAUGCUGAUGAAUGUAGGUAUGUGUAAGCUAAUGUUCUCAAUGGUAAAACACUGAAAGUGUCCUAGAGCACUUUAACAAUGCCAGGGUUGUCAAGUUUGAUAGUCUUUGCAACCUGUACUGUUAUAUGUUGUUUUCCAAAUUGCGAUUGAAACAAUGUUCACAAGAUGUGUUCACAACAGGCUUCUACCAAGCUUGUCAACAAGUUGUAACAAUGUUGUCAUUUUAUCAAGUUGCUACAAGGUUGUCACUCACAACUUGUCAACAAGAUAUGUUUGCAGCAGGCUUGUAGCAAGUUUACAAGUCAACAAGUUGUAAAAAUGUUGUCAUUUUAUUAAGUUGCAACAAGGUUGUCACUCACAGUUUGUCAACAAGAUGUUUUCAUACCAAGCUUGUAGCAAGCUUGUCAACAAGUUGUAACAAUGUUGUCAUUUCAUCAAGUUGCUACAAGGUUGUCACUCACAACUUGUCAAAAAGAUGUGUUUGCAGCAGGCUUGUAGCAAGUUUAUCAACAAGUUGUAAAAAUGUUGUCAUUUUAUUACUAUAAGUUACUACAAGGUUGUCACACACUUGUCAACGAGAUGUGUUUGCACCAACCUUGUUGCAAGCUUGUCAACAAGUUGUAACAAUGUUGUAAUUUUAUCAAGUUACUACAAGGUUGUCGCUCACAACUUGUCAACGAGAUGUGUUCGCAGCAGGCUUGUAGCAAGUUUGUCAACAAGUUGUAACAAGUUUGUCAACAAGUUGUAACAAUGUUGUUAUUUUAUCAAGUUGCUACAAGGUUGUCACUCACAACUUGUCAACAAGAUGUGUUUGCACCAACCUUGUAGCAAGUUUGUCAACAAGUUGUAACAAUGUUGUUAUUUUAUCAAGUUGCUACAAGGUUGUCACUCACAACUUGUCAACAAGAUGUAUUUGCAGCAGGCUUGUAGUAAGCUUGUCAACAAGUUGUAAAAAUGUUGUCAUUUUAUUAAGUUGCUACAAGGUUGUGAGUGACAACUCACAACUUGUCAACAAGAUGUGUUUGCAGCAGGCUUGUAGCAAGUUUGUCAACAAGUUGUAACAAUGUUGUUAUUUUAUCAAGUUGCUACAACGUUGUCACUCACAACUUGUCAACGAGAUGUGUUCGCAGCAGGCUUGUAGCAAGUUUGUCAGCAAGUUGUAACAAUGUUGUUAUUUUAUCAAAUUGCUACAAGGUUGUCACUCACAACUUGUCAACAAGAUGUGUUUGCAGCAGGCUUCUAGCAAGCUUGUCAACAAGUUGUAAAAAUGUUGUCAUUUUAUUAAGUUGCAACAAGGUUGUCACUCACAGUUUGUCAACAAGAUGUGUUCAUACCAAGCUUGUAGCAAGCUUGUCAACAAGUUGUAACAAUGUUGUCAUUUCAUCAAGUUGCUACAAGGUUGUCACUCACAACUUGUCAAAAAGAUGUGUUUGCAGCAGGCUUGUAGCAAGUUUAUCAACAAGUUGUAAAAAUGUUGUCAUUUUAUUACUAUAAGUUACUACAAGAUUGUCACACACUUGUCAACGAGAUGUGUUUGCACCAACCUUGUUGCAAGCUUGUCAACAAGUUGUAACAAUAUUGUUAUUUUAUCAAAUUGCUACAAGGUUGUCACUCACAACUUGUCAACGAGAUGUGUUUGCAGCAGGCUUGUCAACAAGUUGUAACAAUAUUGUCAUUUUAUCAAGUUGCUACAAGGUUGUCACUCACAACUUGUCAACAAGAUGUGUUUGCAGCAGGCUUGUAGUAAGCUUGUCAACAAGUUGUAAAAAUGUUGUCAUUUUAUUAAGUUGCUACAAGGUUGUCACAACUUGUCAACAAGAUGUGUUUGCAGCAGACUUGUAGCAAGUUUGUCAACAAGUUGUAACAAUGUUGUUAUUUUAUCAAGUUGCUACAACGUUGUCACUCACAACUUGUCAACAAGAUGUGUUUGCAGCAGGCUUGUAGCAAGUUUGUCAACAAGUUGUAACAAUGUUGUUAUUUUAUCAAGUUGCUACAAGGUUGUCACUCACAACUUGUCAACAAGAUGUGUUUGCCCCAACCUUGUAGCAAGUUUGUCAACAAGUUGUAACAAUGUUGUUAUUUUAUCAAGUUGCUACAAGGUUGUCACUCCCAACUUGUCAACAAGAUGUGUUCGCACCAAGCUUGUCAACAAGUUGUAAAAAUGUUGUCAUUUUAUUAAGUUGCUACAAGGUUGUUACUCACAGCUUGUCAACAAGAUGUGUUCGCACCAAGCUUGUCAACAAGUUGUAAAAAUGUUGUCAUUUUAUUAAGUUGCUACAAGGUUGUCACUCACAACUUGUCAACAAGAUGUGUUUGCAGCAGGCUUGUAGCAAGUUUGUCAACAAGUUGUAACAAUGUUGUUAUUUUAUGAAGUUGCUACAAGCUUGUCACUCACAACUUGUCAACAAGAUGUGUUUGCAGCAGGCUUGUAGGAAGCUUGUCAACAAGUUGUAACAAUGUUAUUAUUUUAUCAAGUUGCUACAAGCUUGUCACUCACAACUUGUCAACAAGAUGUGUUUGCACCAACCUUGUAGCAAGCUUGUCAACAAGUUGUAACAAUGUUGUUAUUUUAUCAAGUUGCUACAAGGUUGUCACUCACAACUUGUCUACAAGAUGUGUUUGCAGCAGGGUUGUAACAAGUUUGUCAACAAGUUGUCGCAAGUUUGUAGCCCAACCUUUUAACAAGUUUGUCAACAAGUUGUAACAAUGUUGUUAUUUUAUCAAGUUGCUACAAGGUUGUCACUCACAACUUGUCAACAAGAUGUGUUUGCAGCAGGCUUGUGGCAAGCUUGUCAACAGGUUGUAACAAUGUUGUUAUUUUAUCAAGUUGCUACAAGGUUGUCACUCACAACUUGUCAACGAGAUGUGUUUUCAGCAGGCUUGUCAACAAGUUGUAACAAUAUUGUCAUUUUAUCAAGUUGCUGCAAGGUUGUCACUCACAACUUGUCAACAAGAUGUGUUUGCAGCAGGCUUGUAGUAAGCUUGUCAACAAGUUGUAAAAAUGUUGUCAUUUUAUUAAGUUUCUACAAGGUUGUCACUCACAACUUGUCAACAAGAUGUGUUUGCAGCAGACUUGUAGCAAGUUUGUCAACAAGUUGUAACAAUGUUGUUAUUUUAUCAAGUUGCUACAACGUUGUCACUCACAGCUUGUCAACAAGAUGUGUUUGCAGCAGGGUUGAAGCAAGUUUGUCAACAAGUUGUCACAAUUUUGUCAACAAGUUGUAACAAUCUUGUUAUUUUAUCAAGUUGCUACAAGGUUGUCACUCACAACUUGUCAACAAGAUGUGUUUGCAGCAGGCUUGUAGCAAGCUUGUCAACAAGUUGUAACAAUGUUGUUAUUUUAUCAAGUUGCUACAAGGUUGUCACUCACAACUUGUCAACGAGAUGUGUUUGCACCAAGCUUCUAGCAAUUUUGUCAACAAGUUGUAACAAUAUUGUUAUUUUAUCAAAUUGCUACAAGGUUGUCACUCACAACUUGUCAACGAGAUGUGUUUGCAGCAGGCUUGUCAACAAGUUGUAACAAUAUUGUCAUUUUAUCAAGUUGCUACAAGGUUGUCACUCACAACUUGUCAACAAGAUGUGUUUGCAGCAGGCUUGUAGUAAGCUUGUCAACAAGUUGUAAAAAUGUUGUCAUUUUAUUAAGUUGCUACAAGGUUGUCACUCACAACUUGUCAACAAGAUGUGUUUGCAGCAGACUUGUAGCAAGUUUGUCAACAAGUUGUAACAAUGUUGUUAUUUUAUCAAGUUGCUACAACGUUGUCACUCACAACUUGUCAACAAGAUGUGUUUGCAGCAGGGUUGAAGCAAGUUUGUCAACAAGUUGUCACAAUUUUGUCAACAAGUUGUAACAAUCGUGUUAUUUUAUCAAGUUGCUACAAGGUUGUCACUCACAACUUGUCAACAAGAUGUGUUUGCAGCAUGCUUGUAGCAAGCUUGUCAACAAGUUGUAACAAUGUUGUUAUUUUAUCAAGUUGCUACAAGGUUGUCACUCACAACUUGUCAACGAGAUGUGUUUGCACCAAGCUUCUAGCAAUUUUGUCAACAAGUUGUAACAAUAUUGUUAUUUUAUCAAAUUGCUACAAGGUUGUCACUCACAACUUGUCAACGAGAUGUGUUUGCAGCAGGCUUGUCAACAAGUUGUAACAAUAUUGUCAUUUUAUUAAGUUGCUACAAGGUUGUCACUCACAACUUGUCAACAAGAUGUGUUUGCAGCAGGCUUGUAGUAAGCUUGUCAACAAGUUGUAAAAAUGUUGUCAUUUUAUUAAGUUGCUACAAGGUUGUCACUCACAACUUGUCAACAAGAUGUGUUUGCAGCAGACUUGUAGCAAGUUUGUCAACAAGUUGUAACAAUGUUGUUAUUUUAUCAAGUUGCUACAUCGUUGUCACUCACAACUUGUCAACAAGAUGUGUUUGCAGCUGGGUUGAAGCAAAUUUGUCAGCAAGUUGUCACAAGUUUGUCAACAAGUUGUAACAAUCUUGCUAUUUUAUCAAGUUGCUACAAGGUUGUCACUCACAACUUGUCAACAAGAUGUGUUUGCAGCAGGGUUGAAGCAAGUUUGUCAACAAGUUGUCACAAGUUUGUCAACAAGUUGUAACAAUGUUGUUAUUUUAUCAAGUUGCUACAAGGUUGUCACUCACAACUUGUCAACAAGAUGUCUUUCCCCGAACCUUGUUGCACGUUUGUCAACAAGUUGUAACAAUGUUGUUAUUUUAUCAAGUUGCUACAAGGUUGUCACUCCCAACUUGUCAACAAGAUGUGUUCGCACCAAGCUUGUCAACAAGUUGUAAAAAUGUUGUCAUUUUAUUAAGUUGCUACAAGGUUGUCACUCACAACUUGUCAACAAGAUGUGUUUGCAGCAGGCUUGUAGUAAGCUUGUCAACAAGUUGUAACAAUGUUGUUACUUUAUCAAGUUGCUACAAGCUUGUCACUCACAACUUGUCAACAAGAUGUGUUUGCACAAACCUUGUAGCAAGUUUGUCAAGAAGUUGUAACAAUGUUGUUAUUUUAUCAAGUUGCUACAAGGUUGUCACUCACAACUUGUCAACAACAUGUGUUGCAGCAGGGUUGUAGCAAGUUUGUCAACAAGUUGUAACAAGUUUGUCAACAAGUUGUAAGAAUGUUGUUAUUUUAUCAUGUUGCUACAAAGUUGUCACUCACAACUUGUCAACAAGAUGCGUUUGCACCAUCCUUGUAGCAAGUUUGUCAACAAGUUGUAACAAUGUUGUUAUUUUAUCAAGUUGCUACCAGGUUGUCACUCACAACUUGUCAACGAGAUGUGUUUGCAGCAGGCUUGCAUGUAGCAAGUUUGUCAACAAGUUGUAACAAUGUUGUUAUUUUAUCAAGUUGCUACAAGGUUGUCACUCACAACUUGUCAACAAGAUGUGUUUGCAGCAGGCUUGUAACAAGCUUGUCAACAAGUUGUAAAAAUGUUGUAACAAUGUUGUUAUUUUAUCAAGUUGCUACAAGGUUGUCACUCACAACUUGUCAACGAGAUGUGUUUGCACAAACCUUGUUCCAAGCUUGUCAACAAGUUGUAACAAUGUUGUUAUUCUAUCAAGUUGCUACAAGCUUCUCACUCACAACUUGUCAACAAGAUGUGUUCACAGCAGGCUUGUAGCAAGCUUGUCAACAAGUUGUAACAAUGUUGUUAUUUUAUCAAGUUGCUACAAGCUUGUCACUCACAACUUGUCAACAAGAUGUGUUUGCACCAACCUUGUAGCAAGCUUGUCAACAAGUUGUAACAAUGUUGUCAUUUUAUCAAGUUGCUACAAGGUUGUCACUCACAACUUGUCAACAAGAUGUGUUUGCACCAACCUUGUAGCAAGCUUGUCAGCAAGUUGUAACAAUGUUGUUAUUUUAUCAAGUUGCUACAAGGUUGUCACUCACAACUUGUCAACAAGAUGUGUUUGCCCCAACCUUGUAGCAAGUUUGUCAACAAGUUGUAACAAUGUCGUUAUUUUAUCAAGUUGCUACAAGGUUGUCGACAACUCACAACUUGUCAACGAGAUGUGUUCGCACCAAGCUUGUCAACAAGUUGUAAAAAUGUUGUCAUUUUAUUAAGUUGCUACAAGGUUGUCACUCACAGCUUGUCAACAAGAUGUGUGCGCGUCAGGCUUGUAGCAAGCUUGUCAACAAGUUGUAACAAUGUUGUCAUUUUAUCAAGUUGCUACAAUGUUGUCACUCACAACUUGUCAACAAGAUGUGUUCGCGUCUGGCUUGUGGCAAGCUUGUCAACAAGUGGUAACAAUGUUGUCAUUUUAUCAAGUUGCUACAAGGUUGUCGCUCACAACUUGUCAACAAGAUGCGUUCGCACCAAGCUUGUAGCAAUCUUGUCUACAAGUUGUAACAAUAUUGUUAUUUUAUCAAGUUGCUACAAGGUUUGUCAUUCACAGGUUGUCAACAAGAUGCGUUCUCACCAAGCUUGUCAACAAGUAGCUACAAGUGUGCUACAAGGUUGUCGCUCACAACUUGUCAACAAGAUGCGUUCGCACCAAGCUUGUAUGUAACAAUGUUGUUAUUUUAUCAAGUUGCUACAAGGUUGUCACUCACAACUUCUCAACAAGAUGUGUUCGUAGCAAGUUUGUCAACAAGUUGUAAAAAUGUUGUCAUUUUAUCAAGUUGCUACAAGGUUGUCACUCACAACUUGCCAACAAGAUGCGUUCGCACCAAGCUUGUAGCAAGCUUGUCAAAAAGUUGUAACAAUAUUGUUAUUUUUUUUAAGUUGCUACAAGGUUGUCACUCACAACUUGUCAACAAGAUGCGUUCGCACCAAGCUUGUAGCAAGUUUGUCAACAAGUUGUAAAAAUGUUGUCAUUUUCACUCACAACUUGUCAACAAGAUGUGUUCGCACGAAGCUUGUCAACAAGUUGUAACAAUAUUGUUAUUUUAUCAAGUUGCUACAAGUUUGUCACUCACAACUUGUCAACAAGAUGUAUUUGCACCAACCUUGUAGCAAGCUUGUCAACAAGUUCUAACAAUGUUGUUAUUUUAUCAAGUUGCUACAAGGUUGUCACUCACCACUUGUCAACAAGAUGUGUUCGCACCAAGCUUGUAGCAAGCUUGUCAACAAGUUGUAACAUGGUUGUAACAAUGUUGUUAUUUCAUCAAGUGCUACACACGUAAAAAUCUCGCAUCUUGUAAUAAGUCUGCAAAUAAGCCGUCAACAAGAUGUGUUCGCAGCAGGCUUGUAGCAAGUUUGUCAACAAGUUGUAAUAAUGUUGUUAUUUUAUCAAGUUGCUACAAGGUUGUCACUCACAACUUGUCAACAAGAUGUGUUUGCAGCAGGCUUGUAGCACGUUUGUCAACUAGUUGUAAUAAUGUUGUUAUUUUAUCAAGUUGCUACAAGGUUGUCACUCACAACUUGUCAACAGGAUGUGUUCGCAGCAGGCUUGUAGCAAGUUUGUCAACAAGUUGUAAUAAUGUUGUUAUUUUAUCAAGUUGCUACAAGGAUGUCACUCACAACUUCUCAACAAGAUGUAUUUGCAACUUCACACCAAACUUGUAGCAAGUUUGUCAACAAGUUGUAACAAUGUUAUCAUUUUAUAAAGUAACAAGUUGUAACAAUGUUGUCAUUUUAUAAAGUUGCUACAAGAUUGUCACUUAAACUUGUCAACAAAAUGUGUUCGUGGCAGACUUGUAGCAAGCUUGUCAACAAGUUGUAACAAAAUUGUCAUUUUGUCAAGUUGCUACAAUACUGCCAAGAAAUAACUUAACCCUGUACCCAUCCACUUAACCUAACCCAUCCACUCUGCCUGCGUCCAGAACACCCGCGGCGGCGUCCAUGACGCCCGCGUCUUGUGUCUGCUCUGCCCGCUUCCCACCUCCAAUGCGCCCGCGUCCACCCUCUAGCUAAAAGCUGCGUCCGUCGUCGUAAUAUAAUCGGAAAAACGGACUAAUAUUUGCAUUAUACUCGUAUGUACAGUAGUUUGUCAUUAGAAUACAAAUCACGAAACUAGAAAUACCUAGGGUUAGCGCUUUAAUAUAACUUUGAACAAUCGGCCCCAUGUACAUAAAUAUUUAAUGUAUUUUUAUAUCUUUGUUUUUAGAUACUCUCAUGGUCAUGUUGUUAAUAUGGCAGAACUUAAAGCUUACGAGGAACCCGAUUUCAGGUAAAUAUUAGAAGCGAAAGGCAGGGGCGUAGGAACCGGGGGGGCAGGGGGGGCCAGGCCCGCCAAGUUUUGCCAAGUGCCCUUUUUCCGGGAGCAAAGUGCCCUUUUUUUGCGUGAAAAAUUUUCAUUAAGAUUGCAUUGUUUGCCCAAAGGGCACUUGAAUCUAUGUUAUUUCCGGAAAAGUUUUUUCAUAUCCGAGAAAAAUAUUAUAUAUCCGGAAAAGUUUUUGCUAUGUCCGGAAAAUUUUUUUCGUAUUUAGGAAAAAAUGUGGUAUAUCCGGAAAAUGUUUUUAGUUAUGUCCGAAAUUUUUUUUCGAGAUGACGUCCCCCUCCCCCCUUCGCCAACAUUUCCGGGAAAAAUUUUAGAUGCCCUUUUUUUUCGAAAAGUGCCCUAGAAGCUUCCUACGCCCCUGACGAAAGCGCAUCAGCUAAAACUAGUGAUAACCCGUCCUAUAAUCACCAGUGUUAUCCAAUUUAAUUAAAUUAAGGUAGCACGAUACAGUUUUCAAAUAAUUCAGGUGUACAAGAGUUUGAUCUUUUUGAACUUCAUAUUUUUGGGCGUUUUUUUGAGCAGAUAUGAAGAUGUUCAAAUAUUUUAUAUUUCUUCUCACAAAUUGUGCUAGUUUUGGAUACCCAUAGUUUGUUGUUAUGACAACACACACGUACGAAAUUUAAUCGCUUUAUGUGCAGCAGUUGGAAAAAUACGAUGACCCUCAAUUUGUUUUUCGUGCAUCAUUUUACUUAGAGCAUGGACUAACAAUAUAAAACAUUACAUAAAACAAGUAAAACAAAAUAUAAUAAUAUAUUAAACAGUCAUAUAAAAUAUUGAAACUUUUUAAUGAAUAUUACAGUGUGCUAAAACUCCAUAUUUGGUCACUGGCAGGGCUCAAAAUAACGGCUGGUCAACGGACAAUGACCGGCCAAAAAUGCCUCUUGACCGGUCAUUUUUUUACCUCACCGGUCAUUUUGACCGGCCACACUUUCAUCCCAUCCAAUGUGAUUGCUGACGUCUUGAAUUAAAACUAUGAUAUAUCGAAACAAGUUUUUAAUACUUUGUUUCACUGUUAGUGUAAGCGUAUCAAUAACCGGUCAAAAACAGAUUUUGACCGAGCUAAAAUCAAGUUUAUCGGUCAUUUUGACCGGAGACCUAUCUCCCGUUAUUUUGAGCCCUGGAUCAGCUAUUCAGUUGAUAUGACGAUUUCUCAGCUGGCUGUUAGCCAAUAAAUAAGUAAUAAUUAUUUAUAUCUAAUUAUUUUUGUAUUUACAGCUUACUAAAAGUUGAUGGCAAAUGUUUGGUGAAAUACGAGGAUGGGAUUUGGUACAAGGCGACCAUAUUGUAUGUAUAUUAUUACAGUUGUGGAUUUAUAGAUGCUUCUGUUUCUUCAUAUUGUAGUAGUAAUGUAGAAUCAGUAGGGGUUUAACACCUCUACAGGACGUCGUAAUAAAACAAUUUAUAAAAUAACAUGUAUAUAACGCGUGCUCUGAUUGGUCGAAACCCGUGUUUGGAUCAGGCCAUCCAAACACGGAAAUUUAAAUUGAAAGUUUUUUAAAGUGAAAUUUUAACACGGAAAGUUGUUAUUUUAUAAAACAACUACUUUAUGGUUUCCGUAUUUGGAUGGCCUCAUCCAAACACUUGGGAAUGUUGCUCGAGUUAUGAAAAGUGCGCAAAAUCACUCUCCUUCGGCUCGUGUUUCGCGCGCUUUUCUUAACUCUCGCAACAUUCCCACGUGUUUGGAUCAGGCCAUCCAAACACGGAAACCAUAAAGUUAUUGUAUAUUCUUCUUUGCUAGGUCUUUAAGUGCGGACAACGUUGGUAUUCAUUAUGACACAUACAACAUGGAUAAAACAGUCAAGUUACAAGAUGUUCUUCCUAACGAAGGUGAAGGGAUUCAUUUACAGUAUCUUGACUUUUGUGGGAGGGGCGAGGCUACAGGGGGGGUUCUGGACAAAAUCCUAACAUUUAUCAGUCAUGACUGGCAAGGACCUGUCGUGGUAGCUACACCCAUAUGGUAUCCCUGAGAAAAUUUUCUUCAAAGCCACUAUAGAUCAGUUCAUACAUGGCCCAGUUAACCAGAAAAGUCACCUGCGUCCAAGAUUUGCAUGCCAUUGUUAAUGCGGAGAGAAAUGUGUUCAAAUGAGAAACAAGCCAACCCAGCUAGGUGGAAUCUCAGUCAAGUUGGAUAAAAUUGUGGAAGACUUGAGAUGAGGGUACCAUUCUACUGCAUCCCUGAAAUAGAAAACAUUACUCCGAGUACUUGUACUGUCUUCUUUUUUAGCUUCCGCAAAUUGAAGAGACCCUUAUUAGACUGGGGGCACCGACCAUGUUGUUCUUUUCUUUCCCCCAUGGCAACCUUGUUAGGUUGGGGCAUUGGCUAUGACCCCCAUCCUAGUCUUGGCAGACGAUGUUUUGGGAGCCAUAUAUGCCCCCCAUCCCAGUUUUGGCAGACGAUUUUUUUUAAUAUUCCUUGUGUGAUGAUAUUUUCAGACCAAGAAGAUGAUUCUGACGAUGCUGGUGAUUCAUCAAGUGAAGAUGAGGAUAAUGAGAUCGGUGAGGAGAAAGUGAUUGCAGAAUUUUGUCAAGUCAGCGAUGUUGGAGGCAGCGGAGCCCUGGGGGACUGGGAGAGACACACAAAGGUAAGUUCUGAACUGAAUGAUGCCUAGUUUGUUUGAAGUACUUACUCGUUGAUUCUUCGUUAAAAUGAAGCUCACCAAAUUAAGAUGUGACUGGAAUCUUUAUCUACCGGGUGUGUCCCAAAAAAAUGGACACUGUUUGAUUUGAUGUAACGUAAAAGCUAUAAAAGCUAUUGCAAUGAAAUAAAGAUCAUUGCAUUCAGAAAGGACAUAAAUAGCACAGUCAAUAUUUCAUGUACAGAGAGUACAGUAAAUUCAAGUGUUAUACUACUAUAUCAAAAUCUAAGUUAGUCCUUUCUGAAUGCAAUGAUCUUUAUUUCAUUGCGAUCGAUAGCUUUGACGUUACAUGAAAUCAAACAGUGUCCAGUUUUUUUCCGACAAAGGGUAGUACAUCCCCCCAAACUAUAUUUGAGAGGUUCACGUUUGAGUUCCACUAUCGCUACCUCUCUUAAUACGCAUUUGAUUGGUUAAUCGGGUAGAAUAAAUGCAUUUGAUUGGCUAGUGGUAAUGGUAGCUGUACUGCAAGUCAAAAUCUGAACCUUUCUACUCUAUGUGCUGCUGCUGGUGUUAAGGAAUGUCAUUCUUUUAGGGAAUUGCUUCAAAGCUUAUGGCAAAGAUGGGAUACGUUUUUGGGUAAGUAUAAAAUUUACAACAUUCGUAUGCUUUCGACUCCACAAGUUACUACGGCCAAGAAAAGGAAAUACGUUGGUUUCAAGUUUGUUGUUGCAAAAACGAGGUGGCGUAGGUCCAGAUUGAAAGGUUUUAUUUUGCGCAGGAAAGACUGUUUCUUUGCCAAUGAUGUGCUGAAACAAUGAAAACCUUCGCAGAAAAUGUUGGCAGACAUGGGUCCUAGAGUUAGAGUGUGUUUUUGUCAAAUCAGAAAUCUGUGUGGGCUUUUGUUUUACAAAAGAUGCCCAUUGCAUCAGCACAGUUUCUUCGCUUCGGAGAAAACUCUCAUUUUGUGACGUCUAAUUUGGCAAGGACUUUGCAACAAACUACAGAUAAACAUAUUAGGCUCGGUGAUUUCAGUGGCCAAAAAAUAGGUAGGGUUAUAGGAAACCGAAAACUUAGGCAUUUUUUUCUUGGCGUAACCCUCAGCAUCUUAUAUAUCUGUAACUACUACCUUUUGAGCCUCAGUGGUGUAACUUUACUUUUUUGAUCGACCACUUCCCCUGAGGGCAAGUUGGACAUGAAAAUUAGUUGCCCUGAAUAAAAUUCACUUGCCAUCAGACAAUGGCCACUGGGAUACCUACUGUAUAGGUAGGGGGUAUAAAUUAAGGGGACAACAUGUUGACCCGUUCUCCUACUGCUCUCCAGCUUGGCUCACAAAAAAAAACAAAAUUUGAAUCAAGUACAUGGACUAUAAAAAAUUUAUCCGACAUUGAAAACAUUAAAGAUGGCCAGGUUUUUUGACAAGGCAAGCAAGCAAGAUAAAACGUUUACUUGCCCGUCAUGAUAUUCACUUGCCCCGGGCAAGCGGGAAAAUAUUAAGUUACUGUACACCUCUGCAGUCUCCUCUUAAAUAAGCUUAAUGAGGGAAUAUUUUACCUUUAUACAGGAAAGGUCUGGGGAAGAACGAAGAUGGUCGAGUAGAACCUGUUGAAAUAAUUCUGUUACCGACAGGUUAGUUUUCACGAAUAAGGUCAUUUUCAAACUUAUUUUCCUCUGGGCGCAUCUGAUUGGUAGCGAAAAAAUAUUUUCCCAACAUUUUUUUUCGCCAAUCGAUUGCAUUACCGAAAUCUGUUUUUCGCUUCGUGUGAACAAAUUCACCUGGUAGAAUUAACAGGGCCGCCGAGAGGGGGGGGGGGCAAAUUGCCCCGUACCCCCACCUUAAUAGGGCCCCCAACUUGAGAGCGAGAGCCUAAAAUUGAGUAGGUUCUUUAAAUUGGUUGGAGCAUUUUUGAAAUUGAGGAUCCCUUACAGUAGUUCCACAUGCAGUCUAGCUAAGGUCUAGUUGGGUGACUGACGUGGGUGUGCUUACAAAUAAUGAUGUCAUGGGGCCCCCAGAGAAGAUAUGGCCCGGGCCCCGCGAAUUCUCUCUUGGCAGCCCUGGGUCGAAAACGGGUUUGACUUCGAUAUUUAGAGGAAUACUUAUCUUUUCCAUUAUUAUAGGCAAGUCUCUUGAUGCAUGCGCAGAACUACGUGAAAAGAAUAAACUUAAACAGCCGUUUAAACGAAAGAAAACGAAAGGCAAUCAAAACUCUAAAGUUAAUCAGGUAUAACGAUUCAAUACAACCGUUUGCAAUCAAUUCGCGGCCAUAUUAUCUGGGAAUGUUACAAAUUGAACUAUUAAGUGAAUGGUACUUUAAUGUACAUUUAUGCUAAUUUUGUGUAUCUUAUUCAAUUGCAAGGUCCCAGUUCAAGAUGUCUUUGAUUUCAUCAAUAAUACUCUUGGGGGCAGAAAAGGUACAGUAUACUGCAUACGGUUGAAAGGUUUAUGUAGAGAUGGAAAUUUGCAGCGUAAAUAAACUACAUGCAUUUUUAAAGGGCACAUGACUCGAAAAUUGACGUUGUUAUUUUUUAGUCUAAUUUGAAAGAUCAUUGAAAACUGUAGAGUAACUUCUUUGAUAGAUUUUUGUUUUCUUGCUUCGUUUUGAAGAUAUUUCAUGUUUGUAUGAUAUGCAAAGGACAAACUUCCUACGUCACAUAUGCAUAAUGAUUUAGCCCUAAAAGUUCUAUAUCUUUAAUACAACUAAACACAAUCAGUAGAAAACCUACAUGGAUGUUGUUGUUGUGGACACAUUCGUGCUCAUCAUUCAUUUUGAGCGAAUUUAUUUGAUAGUGACAAAAUUAUAUAACAUUUUAAAGUAAUUCAUUAUGCAUAUGUGACGUAGAAAGUUGGUCUUUGCAUAUCAUACAAAAUGAAAUAUCUCCAAAACGAAGCAAGAAAACAAAAAUCUGACAAAGAAGUUACUCUACUGUUUUCGAUGAUCUUUCAAAUUAGACUAAAAAUUACAACGUCGAUUUUCGAGUCAUAUGCCCUUUAAAGGUGAUCUACAGUCCGAUCUGCGCAUGUGCACAAAUGAGCCCACUUUUUAUGAUACAAACAGUUUAACUAUGUUUUGAGUUCUUGAAAAGCCUGAUUGUUGUUUCUUGAUAAUUUAUUAUACUCUAGAAGCUUGAAAAUAUAAAUAGUUGUCGAAUAAAGCUCAAUAUUUUGGACACAAAAAUGUAAACAAAGGCUUUGUUUACAUACGGACUGUAGAUCAUCUUUAAUUGCGAAAAAUGCAACCACAUAGUCCAACCUCCGACAGGAAUCGAACCCACGACCCUGCGAUUCUGGUGCUGAGCUCUGAGCACUGGGCCAGUUUCCGAGAAUUAGUCAAUCAGAAUUGUGUAAUUUAAUAUUUUCAGGAAACAUAGAAGAUUUAAAACAGAAUCAGCAAUGUGACACGCUCGAUCGCAGGAAAUCGGGAAAAAGUAAAAAUGACAGAAAUUAUAAUGUCGAGGUAUGUAGGUCCCUAAAGCGCAUUAGUUUUCUUCAGUGAAGUAAUGCGAGCCUCCAGCAAUUACUGGUCAGUUGCAUGAAAAUUUCGGUUAAAUUUUAAAUGACGCCACAGAAUGUGAAGAAACAGCGGCUAAACGGCUUUUGCGUUACAUGAAAUCAAACAGUGUCCAAUACUAAAACAAUAUUUUAUGAACGAGCGCAGCGAAUAAGUAAAAUAUUGUUUUUAACACGAGCAGAUAAAAGUCUUAUAUCGUCAAGCCACCCAGUGGCGCCGUGGCCGGGGGGGGGGGGCUAGGGGGGGGCCAUGGCCCCCCUAUUGUUGAAACCCGUCGGAAAAUUGUCAAUAUUGUCGGAAAAUUUCAAAACGGUUAGCCGCCAUUUUGAAAAUUCUAGUUUUGUGGGGGGGCAGGAGGGGCAGCCGCCCCGUUGCCCUCUACCAGGCGGGGCAAGGGGGGCAAAGGUGCCCUUCCAAUUUAAAGGUUGCCUUGGCGAAAUAGCGAAUUGUCAGAAAUGUUAGUGCAAUUCUUUUACGAAUUUGCUUCAGAAAACGCAAGAAAUGCAGUCAUCGAGCUUCAAGAAUAGCACAAUCGCCUGGCGGAGAACCCCCUCACACCCCUAUCAUCCAAUAAAUAGAAAACAAGAUUAGGCGAAGUUCAACUCCCGAUGUUUUGCAAACAUCUUAGUUUAUAUCAAUUCAAAAGUGUCCUUUCACGAAAAUCUGCCCCCCCCCCCUUGCCUUCACAUCGUUCCGGCGUCCCUGGAUUAAUACGUCGAAUUUGACCAAUCAACUUGCAGGAAAAAAUACUAAUGCUGUUAAUUUUUUCUCUCUUAUGUUCCCAUGCAGCUAUUUAAACUGGAAGAAGAAAAAUCUAGAAUACAAAAGAUGCUCAGUAAACAACAUGAUUCUGUGUCAAGAAAUAACGGAAAGUAAGUUUGAAUUUAAUCUUCUUUAAUGGCGUAUAUACUUUAGUUGAAUGAAUGAUUCCAGGAAUAGAUUAAAUUUUGAUCUAGGCAAGAAGAACAAAAUCCAUCACCACAGCUAGAAAGAGCAUGUUGAAAUGAGUAAAAUUGCAAAGUUUGGUUGCGAAAUGUUGUAAAAUGAGGAAAAUAUAGCCCUGCGAAAUCUGAAAUUUGCAAAUGUUGUAUCAUUUGCAUGUGUUUAAUACGCGCGGGAAAAUGCAUAUCAGUCCCGCGCGUAAUACAAAUUAAUACAAAAUUUGCAAAUUUCGUACGCCUAUAUUUUCCGCAUUUUACAACAUUUCGCGGCCAAAUUUACUUAUUUCAACAUGCUCUUUCUAUAGCUGUGGUGAUAGGUUUUGUUCUUCUUGCCUACAUCAAAAUGUAGUCUAUAGCUGGAACCAUGUAUUAAUCAUAUAGCAUUGCGCUCAUAACUUAUGAGCGAUAUGAUAACACAUAUUCAUCAUUUGUAUAUACUGUAGAUUAUUAUUAUUAUUAAAAAAUAUUUUACACAGGAUAAAAAAUGCUUCAGUGACUAUUCACUGCUAUCAACGCAUGUCCUGUUUACCUAAAACUACUAAAAAUUAUGAGUAUAAAAAGUCAAUAUAUUAAAAAUAUUAAAAAUCUAACUGCAGUCAAUUCUGCAAAGGAUUAUAAUGAACUAAGGUUCUCUUUCAGUUUUCGUUUAAAAAGCAUAAAACUGUCAAUUUCCAAUUCUCUAAUAUCUUUGGGCAAUUUGUGGAAUUCAAUUGCUCCAUUAUAAUAAAAGGCAUGCUUUGUGGAUUCCAAGCGUAUUUUGGUAAUAGAGAGAUAUUAUGCACGUACGCGCUUGCGACGAGAUAUGGAUUUUAUGUUCGAGUGGCAAAAACAAUAUCUCACGAGUCAGCGCAGCGAACGAGUGAGAUAUUGUUUUUGACGCAAGAACAUAAAUCUAUAUCUUCUUACAACCGUUUAGUGAUAUGUUUAUCAGAUAUGGACUCAUUCAGAGUGACAAAAAUACACGCAAAGUCAAGACGACAUGUAAAUAAGCACGCCAAAGACCAGAAUAAAAGCGAUGGUCCCGGAUGUAGUGUGUAUGAGUUUUAUACGAGUGUUUUAGUUUCCAGUAAAACACCAUUGUCCAUAUAAUAAAAUAUAGACUAUUUGUGCAAUGUCCAUGUGUAUGAAUGAUUUUUAAACGCUGGAUUGUUUUGUUUUUCGAAGGGACGCGAACCUGAUUACACAAGCAAAGCAGAAAAUGGAAGCCAUGGAAGGUAGGAUAAAAGAUAUUGAAAAACAAACAAAACAACUUAAACAGAGAAUUCAUCAAAAUAACGAGCACAAAAAAUUGACAGUUUUCUAAUGUACUUAUCAAUAGAGACCAACGCAUGUAUAUAUAUAAGAUAAUAAGACCGUUACAAAUAAUUGCUUUUACCCACUUUCGUCAUUAGCGCCGCCAAGCGCGCGGAGGAGGGGAGGGGUGGGGGGGGAGAAAGCCCAGCGCCUGCCAAUGAAUUAAGCCUCCCGAGUAUAUUCCGACAAUAUAAUCAUGAUUUCAUAGCCACUGCUAAAAGCUGAUAUAUUUAUAAUUUUAUUAUAUGGACAAUGGUGUUUUACUGGAAACUAAAACACUCGUAGAACGCAUACGUCACUACAUCCAUAGGUGUUCGUAUUUUCCGAAUUUCACCCCUGCGAGUGACAUACGUAUACGAUGUUCGAAAAUUUCCCGCCAUUUUCAUUGUUGUUGUUUUGAGGGGGAAAUAAAACGAAAACAUUUAAAAGACAUCUUGAGAAAAGUAAAAUUUAUUGUAGUUUUAUGUUUGCACUGUAAUUUAAAAAGUAUCGCUUUUACACUGGUCUUUCGCGUCCUUAUUUACAUAUCGUCUUUGUGUGUAUUUUUGUCACUCUGAUAAGGGACCGGUCAUUUAUGGCCGGGGGGAGGGGGCACUGCAUGAGGAGAAACAUUGUCUUGGCCAAAUUUUUUAGUCACCCAAUUACCUUCUUCAAAAACAUUUUCUCUCCACCCAACCCCAGCACUCAUUCAAAAAUCGUAGAUCCACCCUAACUUAAUUUUGUCAAUUUACUUAUAUUUAAAAGCUAAAAUUAUAAAUUGACUUAUUUGAGUUUUUGAGAGAACAAAAAAGCCAACAAGCAUGAACUCUGUCACUUUAUCCAUGAUAUCCAUGGCAGGUUCAAAUGGAAUACUUUGCAAAUCGAUAUAUAAAGUAAAUGACAUUUAUUCGAUCUUAUAUAAUAAAACAAAUAAUACAAAUAUUUCAGUAUUUUUCGACUUAACGAUUUUUACUUUAUUCGCCCCUUGGGUUGGUGAAUUUUUAUUCAACCCACCCAUUUCCACCCUUUGUUUUCCCACUCAUUUUCUCUUCAGCCCCCCCGCCAUAAAUAACGACCGGCCCCUAUAGUCCAUAUAAUAAACAGAACAUUAAACAAGUUCAUGCGAAAAGGUAUGGAUUUUAUGUUCUUGUGUCAAAAACAACAUCUCACUCGUUCGCUGCGCUCACUCGUGAGGUAUUGUUUUUGCCACGUGCACUCGAACAUAAAAUCCAUAUCUUUUCGCAUAAAUCGUCUAAUAUCCUUUAUAUACUGUAUACUGUACCUAUAUUAAAAUUCCUCCUUAUAAUGCAAGAAGUAUCGUUUUUC